CGAUAGGAUGAAAGUGACAAGACCAAGGGACAGUUGACGUCCGCUAAACGACGAGACUCGAUCAGAGGGCUUUGACUUAAUGUAUUGCACCCCCUAUAAAAGGGGUGGCACCCCUCAUUGUAAUGGAUCCGAAUUCUAAGUCAAUAUACUCCUACUUUGCAUUCUCUCUCUCUAAAACUUAUAUUAUUUGAUAUUCUCGGUGGUUUAUAACCAUCAAAUUGGUGCUUUCAUUGAGAGUUGAGGAACAUACUCGUAGGUUAACUCCCGGAAGCGAGAAUGGUGCAAACAAGGAGCAACGUCCCCACCACUAGCCACGUCGGUGGUGAGGAGAACGCGCCGGGCAGCGGCAACGGUACGGGAGGUAUCGGUUCGACUCCGGACGCGGCCCAGGCGCUGUUCGGCUUGGGGGUGACCACGGAGCAGCUCCAGGCAGCCGUAGCGGCAUUUUCCGCCAUGGGUGGGAACGUGCCUGGCGCCGGAGCUGGCAAAGCUCCGCCCGGUCCCCAUGCCGAACACGCUACCACUUCCCAGCACAAGGGGAGGAAGACCCGGAGGAGCAGAAGGAGGCCCGGCAAUGCUCUGGUGUUCGAGGAGGUGCUGGUGGAAGACAUCCCCGAAGGAGAAGACGAUGAGUCCAGCGAGUGCCGAGUAUCCGCCUUCAAGCGCGUAGGAGGUGAAGAGACUCGGGUGUCGGCCUUCGACAGGCUCGACUGCGGACCGGAAGGCCAACCGGGCGACCUCCACCGAAAAAUAUCCGAAGGCAGGCGGAGGCAUGCUGAGGAGUCCGCGACAUCGGAUGCUCGCUCGGCGAGGCCCGAGCGGAGCAGAGAAAGGCGGGACGAGCGCACCCAGCGUCGCCAUAGUCCGACGAGAACCGAGAAGACAAAGAUCAAGGCCUACAACGGAACGACGGACUCUCAAGAUCAUUUGUCUAAGUUCUAUGCUUCCAUGGAAGCGGCGGCAGCCCCGGACGAGGUCAAGUGCCGAUGCUUUCUUGCGACGCUGGAGGGCUCCGCGUGUGAUUGGUUCAACCGGCUCCCGAAGGGAACCAUUGACGAUUGGGAUACGCUAGCGGAGAAGUUCCUAACGCACUUUGCAGCCAACAGGAGGCAAAGGAUGCCCUACUCCCACCUGCUCAACAUCUGCAUCUGCAAAGGAGAAAAGGUCCGCGACUUCAUAGUCCGGUGGGAGAAGGAAGCUAGAGACGUGCACGGGGCGGAUGACCAAGCCUUAAUGGCCAUGUUCCAAGCAGCCCUUCCCCGCGGAGAAGUGAGGAAGGAGCUCCGCAAGAACCCUCCCCCCACGUACCAAGAGACCUUGGCACGCGCUAAGUUCUUGGCCUCGGAAGAGUUCGAUGAUGCCCCCGACUUCGAGGCCGGGCCGGCCAAGCGAGCUCCCGCUGAUUCUGGGGAGAUAGCGAAGAAGAGGAAGAAGAAGAAAGACUACACCGCGGGCCCGAGGACGCCCUCGGCUGGUGUGUACUCCGUGGGCGCGCCCGUGGGGACGGGUCGAGAGCUUGCCCUCUCCCCGCUCCCUCACGUAGAUGCUUACGCGGUGUCCAGCGGCGUCAAGUACUGCGAGUAUCAUUGCAACAACACUCAUAACACUAAGGAAUGCUUCACUCUUCAGAAGGAGAUGCAGCGACUUAUCGCCCGAGGGCCGGCUCCGCGAGACGAUGGGGCAGCCCCUUCCCGGGGUCCGUCGGAAGGAAGAACGUGGAGGAAGCCGACCGAACCGGUCGUGGUGGCAAUGCAAGCAAGGAACCCCGAGAAGAGGCACAUUGGGCGAGAGUGCGAUGAUCUAGACGAGGACGAAGCCCAAGGAUAUCCGGUGGGAUUUAUCCAUGGAGGAAACAUUGGCGGGGACUCCGUCGCUCAAAGGAAGAGGCCCGUGCGCACUCCUCUCUCCGGGUUCACAGGGGACUCCAUCGAGGCCGAAGGAGUCAUCCCCGUGCCCGUGAUAGUAGGGGAUGGUGCGCACAAGGCCAAGCUAAAGAUGGAUUUUAUGGUUGCCGAGCCCGCCGAGGAAGUCGAAGAAGUGCAGCUCGACCCUCGGACAUCCGAGCGGAAGGUGAAGAUCGAGGCGAGCCUAAAUGGGAACCAACGGAAGCGCUUGGUGGACGUGCUCUCUGCCUACUACGUGAUCUUUGCGUGGGUACUCGGGGAUAUGCCGGGGGUGGACCCCAAGGUCAUAUGUCACCGCUUGGCAGUCAAUCCGGAGGCUAGGCCGGUGAAGCAAAAGAAGCGGUUCCUCUUGUCCGAGCGGAGGGAGUUUAUCGCCAAAGAACCCAUAGGUGCGCUGCUCAGAAGUCCGAACGCGCCCUCUCGCAUGUCCAAGUGGGCGGUGUUCCUUGGAGCUUUCCAGAUCAAGUUCAAGCCAAGGCCAGCGAUCAAGGGCCAAGAACUAGCUGACUUCGUGGUGGAAUGUACCGCUCGGGAAGAGCCGAGCCCGGAAGAGCCUGAAACCGACGAUUGGUGGAUAGUUUUUACCGACGGCUCCUCCGCCGCCAAAAACUCGGGGGGUGGAGUGGUAGUCAUCGCUCCCGAAGGUUUCAGAGCAUAUUACUCAAUCCGAUUCGGUUUCAAGGCAUCAAAUAAUGAAGCGGAAUAUGAAGCGCUCCUGUGCGGGCUACGCCUAGCAGCUGGGAUGAACGCGACAAAGCUAAGGGUAAAAUGUGACUCGAAGCUGGUGGUUGGCUACGUCUCGGGAGAGUUCGAGGCGAAGGACGAAAGAAUGAAGAAGUACAGAGAUACCGCUCUAGAAUUACUUAAGAGCUUCACCGCGUAUAGUGUUGAGCAGAUCCCUCGGGCGGAGAAUGCCGAGGCGGAUAUCUUGUCGAAGCUGAGCUCAGACACGCCCGAGCAUAUCAGGCGAAUGGCGAACGUGGAAGAGUUGUCCGAACCGAGCAUCCAUGCUUUCCUUGUGGCAAUGAUAUGUGCUCGGCCAAGAGAUUGGAUGGACGACAUAGUCGCCUUCCUGAAGGAUGGCGCCCUCCCGGAUGAUGCAAUAAAGGCCAAGCUGGUCCGGACUAGGGCACCAGGGUACACUUUGGAGGGCGAAAAGCUAUACAAGCGAGCGUACAACUGUACGCUACUCAGGUGCCUCCGACCAGCCGAAGCGGAACAAGUCAUGGAGGAGGUGCACGUCGGGAUUUGCUCCACCCACCAGGGAGCAUACGCAGUGUCGAGGAAGAUAACCCUCCAAGGAUAUUUUUGGCCAACAAUUGUUAAGGAUUGCACGGAGUUCGUGAAAAAGUGCAAGGUUUGCCAAGAGUUCCAGAAGGUACCGGGGAGGCCUUCAACAAACUAUACCCCCAUCAGCACAGCUAUCCCGUUCACGCAGUGGGGGGUGGACCUUGUGGGCGCGCUUCCUAGAGGUACCGGGAACGUAAGGUACAUCAUUGUAGCCAUCGACUAUUUCACCAAGUGGGUGGAGGCAGCCCCAUUGGCAAGCAUCACCGGAGCUCAAUGCCAGAAGUUUCUCGCAAAGCAAGUCAUCUGCCGCUUCAGCGUUCCCGAGCACGUCAUCAUAUACAAUGGGACACAAUUCGAGUCCAAGCCCUUCAACGACUUCCUUGAAAGUUGGGGGAUCAAGCACAGCUAUGCGUCGGUUGGGUACCCAGAGACGAACGGGCAGGUCGAGAAUGCCAACCGAACGAUAGUCGACGCGCUGAAGUGGAAGUUAGAAGCUUGCGGAGGGGAGUGGGCAGAAGAGUUGCCCUACAUCCUAUGGACCUACCGGACCACGUCCCGAAGGGCAACUGGGGAAACUCCCUUCGCCCUAUGCUACGAAUUCGAGGAAAGGGCACCCGCAGAGAUCUCCAUCGCAAACCACCGGGAGGAGGUCUUUGACCCCGAGCGCAAUGAGGAAGCCCUGGCAGCCGAGCUCCACCUCGUGCAUGAAAGACGAGAAGCGGCCUUCAUACGGGUAGAGAAUUAUCGAAGGAAAGUGAAGAGCUACCAUGACGGGAGCGUGCGCGCGCGUGGAUUCAUCGAAGGAGAUUGGGUGCUGCGCAAAAGGACGGUGAGCCGCCCCCUAGAAGGUGGAAAGUUUGCCAAAAAUUACGAAGGCCCGUACAUCAUCAAAGAAGUGGUGGGCCCUUGGACGUUCCGCCUGCAGACGCCGAGCGGAGGGGAAGUGCCCAAGACAUGGAACGCCGAAAACUUAGUUAAGUUUUAUCAGUAGAACUCUGAUGUACACGGGCCCCAAAAAGGGAACCCGUAAACCCUUUCGGGUUGAACUCAAUGGAAUGAAGUUUUGCGAACAUA